UGGCAUUCGUUAAGACCGUGUGUUGUGUUUAGUUUUUUGUCCACGAAAAUUAGACCGUCUCUGUUUUUUUUGGCUCGUUUCGAUAUGAAAGCGUGGCUAUAAUUAUUGGUUAAAUACACGAUUGGGGUUUAACCAAACCGAAGUCGACGUCUCGGUUUGUUCGGUUAAGAUUAGGCCUUGUAGAACAUUCCAAAACGCCGCGUCAAAGCUUUUAGGGUUAGUUUCUGCUGUGUGGUUACCCACUCAAGUCUCCAGUGUUCCUCUGUGGCUCUGGUUUGCCCUAUUCUUCCCUUCCCCUCCUCUCUCUUGUUUUUUCCCUCUUCUCCAAGGAAUCUGGAAAAAAAUUAAACCUUUUUUUUCUAAAUCCCUGGAAAUCAGAAAAUUUCCUAUUGAGAAACCAUAGAUUCGAUUCAAGCCUUUGAUUGAAUCAAAAUAUCUGUUUUACCAAGAAUUCGGGUAAAAAAAAAGUUAAAUGGUUGAAGCAGAGCGCGCGGAGAAUAGUUGGAUUGCUUCGGAAAUGUCGUCGUCGUCGUCUCCGGCGGCAAUAGAAAGCCGUGAUUUUUCGAUCAUUGAUUCGACUAAUGGUGGAAUAAGAGAUGUGAGCGGAUUUGGUAUAGCUUCUCGGCCUCAGUUGGAGAAGGGUUUGUCGGAAAACAAUAUAGGGUUCACGGAAAGAGUUUUCUCUGCCGCCGGAGCUGCGGUUUUGUCCGCUGUUACUUUAAAUCCUCUAGACGUUGUCAAGACUCGAUUGCAAGCUCAAGCCGCCGGAAUGUCUUACUCUCACCCACUCAGUAACUCCAUUGGACGCAUGGCAUUUUUUGGACCAAACAUGAUGUUUGCAGACUUGAGAUGUUCUCCUUCAUGUUCACGCGCUGGUGUUCAAGGUACUGUUUCUAUUUGCCCACCGGAUUGUUUCCAGUACAAAGGAACUUUUGAUGUCUUCACCAAGAUCAUACGACAGGAGGGUCUAGCACGCCUGUGGAGAGGGACUAAUGCUGGUCUUGCCCUAGCUGUGCCCAUGGUUGGGAUAUAUCUCCCAUUCUAUGAUAUGUUUCGCAACCGAUUGGAAGAAUUAUCUCGGGAGAAAGCUCCUGCUAUGACAUUUUGUGUGCCUACUGUGGCAGGGUCCUUAGCGCGGUCCUUAGCUUGUACAGUGUGCUAUCCUAUUGAUCUUGCAAGAACGCGUAUGCAGGCAUUCAAAGAAGCAAAAGCUGGUGUGAAGCCUCCGGGAGUUUUUAAAACUCUAGUUGGUGUAUUCUCUGAAGUCAGGACAGCAAAUAACCUUGAAAGUAGUUUGCACAACUAUCGUGUUCUCUGGAGAGGUUUGGGUGCACAGCUUGCCCGUGAUGUUCCAUUUUCAGCAAUCUGCUGGUCGACCCUCGAGCCAAUAAAAAAGAGGCUUCUUGGAGUUGCGGGCAAUGACACAAAUCUUCUUGGUGUUUUCGGUGCAACCUUUUCUGCUGGUUUUAUAGCUGGAAGUAUCGCUGCUGCUUCUACUUGUCCUCUUGACGUUGCAAGAACAAGAAGACAGAUAGAGAAGGACCCUGGUAGGGCAUUGAUAAUGACGACACGACAGACACUAAUAGAGGUUUGGAGGGAUGGAGGGAUGAGAGGCCUGUUCAUGGGAAUGGGUCCACGAGUGGCGCGUGCAGGACCGUCUGUAGGGAUAGUGGUUUCCUUCUACGAAGUGGUCAAGUAUGUUCUGCAUCGCCAUGCUUCAUCAUGACCAGCAAAAUCACUAAUCUCCUACACAUGGAUGUGGAUACGGCUUUAGGUUGUAGCUUUUUUUUUUUUAAUUAACAGAAUAAGUUAAACAGGCUCAGUUCUCCAAGCCCUUGUUUCAUCCUUUUAUGAGCCGGAAUUUUGUUCAGUUAUUAAAUACCGGCUGUUUAAAUGUUUAAUCCGGUUUAUGUCG